CGAAAUAUAACCUGUUAAAAGUAUCAUGUUCUGUGCUCGUGUGUUACUGCUAUGCUUGGUGAAACCGUUUUGUCGAAUAAUUUACACCAUAAUUUAGGACAAUUUUUAAAAAAUGACAGACUCCGCUAACGAGGACUUGGUAACGGAACUGAACACGCAAUUGAAUAAGUCGAUGGUAUUGAUAGAGAACGCCGAGGAUAUGCCAUCUCCAAAUCACAAGCGUAAAUCUAUCACGAUUAAGACAGAAGAGCAGCCGCCCAAAGUGCGUAACAGUCCUGUUAAAUCGCGCAAAAGCAUUCUGAAGAAAUCUAACAAAUCGCUUGACCAAAACGCGACGGAUGAGAUUGCGCAAACCUCAAACUAUGACGCUAAUAGAUCUAACGAGGUGACAUUUAAUGGAUUGUCAUUAUCCACUUCAGUUUUGCCCAGACCGCGUACUCUUAAAGAAAUAGUUGAAAAGGAGACAUUGAAUGAGGAAAAUGUAUCUUCCACAUUUAAUUUGGAGGAUGUAUCGGACAGUGAAGAAAUCUGGAUAAUGGACAUUCCUAGAUUAGUAGACCCACAAGAGCUUCAUGGUCAGACUAUAGUUUUCGAAAACAAGUCAAAGUUCAAAAUUAAAGACGAACGAUAUUAUAUAGUCGCUCAUAACACAAAUCACAAUGUCACAUGUGUUCUUAAUUCCAAGAAGGAUGCUCCACAGUACAAAACUGUAAAUAUCAAGCCAGCUGGUUUCUUGUCAGUGAGAAGAAAAUUGUCUGAAGCCCCGGAAGUAAAGCCGGUAUCUACCGAGAGCUCUGGCGUACAAUUCCCUAAUAAUUUAAGAAAAAGGCAUCCACUGUUUGGUGUUAUUCCUAAACGUGAAAGAAGCUCAAAGAAACGUAACUCAAGCAAAACAAGCUAG